AUGAUUCAAGAAUUUGACAAGAUCACCAAAUUGCUUCGAGAACAGUUUCUCGAAACGCUUCUUCAGAUGAAAUACCUUGACUAUCGGGAGAAUGUGGCUGAUGUGAUCACUUAUGGGACAAACAAAAUGGGAAGAUUUCUUGAUAAGAAACUUGCACAAAAUCUGGAAGAGUUCAAAGAAUGGUGUAGCCUGAAUGCACCGAUUGAUGUGGCCACAAAGUUGUUGACACGAAUUUCUGGAGGCACCUCAAUCCUCCAAGCGUUUCUGGCGGCUCAAAAUUACAACCACAAAUCCUAUCGUGCUUUUGAAAACGGCAUCAUCGGGCAUAUGCGUUUGUUGGAGUUGCUGAUGGCUAAUUGUGAGGCGGUACAGCCGAUCUCUUCAAAUAACUCGAUCUUUCACGAUUUUGCAGAGAUCGAGAACCAGAUUUUGACUCAAUUGGCUAGUGAACGAAAACAAUUGGAGUCAACUUUCUGGCCGGGAAAAGUCUCCGAACUUUCUGUUCAAUGCCUUAACCAAAGCGACACCAAAGUGGCCGCCGAACAAUUCGCUCAAGACCUGGCGGCAAAGCAUGAACCAAAGUUUUUCGUUGCCACCAGCAACGUCGGUGAUAAAGUGCCGAUUAUCUACUAUACCGGCGAUCGGGUUGUUUAUGGGUGGAAUCUAUUCAACAAGAACUUUGUCGUUUUUAGGAGUCCUUGUGCACAAAAUGAGACUCAAAGGCAAGAGGUCAUCACCCCAACAGAUUCAAUUGUGGCUGGAAAUGGGGACAAUUAUGAAUUGAUCGCAAAAUUGAUAUGGGAACAGGUCGGCGUUCAGUCUGCUGGAAACGCGACAAAGAGCGCGAUGGUUUUGGCCGUGCCUCCGUGCCGUACCGUGGCGUGCCUCGCUGAUCUGAUCGUUGAUCCGACCCUUUUCCGAGCUGGUGAUCCGUGUGCUGUUUAUGUGAAAGAAAAGAACGGAUUUGUAUAUGUGAUUGGACUCGAU